UCCACUCCGUCUCCCUUUCCGUCCUCAUACCUCAGCCUCCGUUCAAUUCCACUCGCUCCUCUCCGUUCAGCUGAGCAUCCCUGCGGUACGGGGCAAAUGAGGUGCGGGUCGGGGCCCUGCCUGGCGCUGGAGAGAGUGUGUGACGGCAUUGUCAACUGCCCGCUUACCUGGGACGAUGAAGACCACUGCCCCUUUUCCUGCUCCGCGAUCGUGCCCGAGUGUGAGUGCAAGGACGUAAGCAUCAGCUGCCUGCGCCGUGGUUUGACCUUUCUGCCGGGGGACAUAGAGUCGCAAAUCUCUCGCUUUCACCUGGCCGGCAACCUUCUUAACGAAACUCUGAGCUCGACAACAUUUGCAACAUACCGCCAUAUUGUCUUCCUGGAUCUGAGCAACAACAGCCUUACCACGCUGCCAAUAGGGGUGUUUUUCCAAAUGUCUCGCCUCAGGAUUCUCGACCUUCGUGACAACUUCCUUACGAAAAUUGCCAACUCAACUUUCCUUGGCCUUUUCAACCUAAGAACUCUGUAAGUAAACUCCAUUAUUAAUUUUUUCCCUUCCUAUUCUGUUUUGUUUUUUCUUUCUUUCUUUUCUGUUUUCUUUUCUUCUUCUUCUC